GCAGUCCACACCAGCACUGAGCAAACUAAUGUUAAUGAGCCCUUUCCACGUGGUUUGCCGAGGGGGGGACCGGACCCAGGUUCAGGCUUACCAAAACUCUUCAGAGAGUUUCUAACGAUCCCCUCUGUGGCACGAAACUUCUGAGCCACCAUUUACUUUGGGGACUUUGCUGGUGUGGGUCGAAGCCAUAAAUAAGCACUGCGAAUGUAUUGAUGCAAAGAAAAAGCUUGUUAGCUGGACCAUACGUCUUCCAUACAGUAGAUGUCCCCACUAGCCCAUGCUACCCUCACUGGUAGCAGCUUCGUACCCAAGCCAUGCCAUUGCUCUUUCUUACUGCACGGUUUUCUCUCCUUCCAGCGGGCAUGCUGUGCUGAUACGUGGCGAUAUGGCUGAAGGCAACAGCACGGUGGUGAGUCAGUUCGUCCUUCUAGGACUGACAGGUGAGCCUGAGCUGCAGACUCCUCUCUUCAUAGUGCUCUCAGUGAUUUAUCUCAUCACCCUGCUGGGUAACGUUGGGCUGAUCACACUGAUCACGACAAGCCCCCGUCUGCACACUCCCAUGUACUUCUUUCUCUGCAAUCUAUCUGUUGUUGAUCUUUGCUACUCCUCUGUCUUUUCUCCAAGGCUGCUUAUUGGCUUCUUGCUGGAUAAUAAAACCAUUUCCUACUCUGCUUGCUUCACCCAGCAUUUCUUUUUCCUUGUGUUUGUGACCACAGAGGUGUUCUUGCUGGCCGUGAUGGCAUACGACCGCUAUGUAGCUAUUUGCAACCCCUUGCUCUACACUAUUUCCAUGCCCAAGAGUCUCUGCAUGAAGCUGGUGGCUGGCUCGUACCUGGGGGGCAUUCUGAACUCACUAACCCAGACAUGCUGCUUGCUGCCCUUGCCGUUCUGUGGCCCCAAUGUCAUCAACCAUUACUUCUGUGACACCAACCCUCUGCUGAAACUCACCUGCUCUGACGGACGCCUCAAUGAGCUCCUGCUCGUCACCUUCAAUGGGACCAUUUCCAUGACUGUGCUCCUCAUCAUCGUCAUCUCCUAUGUGUACAUCCUCGUCUCCAUCCUGAGCAUCAGGUCUGCCAGGGGACGGCACAAAGCCUUCUCCACCUGUGCCUCCCACCUGCUGACUGUCACCUUGUUCUACGUGCCUGCUGGCCUCAGCCACAUGCAGCCAGGCUCCAAGUACUCACUGGACAUGGAGAAGGUCACGGCAGUGUUUUACACCUUGCUUGUUCCUAUGCUCAACCCUCUGAUCUACAGCUUGAGGAAUAAGGAUGUCAAGGACACGCUCAGGAGAGCAAGAGAGAGAAUAUUCUCUCAAGCUGCUCACUGCGUACUCUGACUCUUCUCUGUUACUCAGCAGUACGUCCCCUUUCCUUGGUUGCAUUUCUCUUAGAAAAACCCUGGUUGACAAAGAUGCUUAUUGUGAGGCAUACAAUUAAUUCACUUUUGCAUUUAUGCAUGGAAUCGUAGCUGUAUGCUUUCUACCAGAAUUUACAUGGUUUACGGAAGACAAAGGAUGUGUCCUACUAAACAUUACAAAAGCUUUCUACCGACUGUUUUCCUCAGGGCGUCUCUCACCCCAGGCAACAAGCCGUUGACUCAGGCUGAGGUUGAGGUCCAAAUCCAUCAACAGUGCUAAGAAUGUUAAUUCUUGCCCGCUACUUUAAGUCAAUGCAAGGUAAAUACUCUCUGAGAAGAAAACCUCAAGUUCCUGAAGGCCACCUCGUGUGCAGUAAUAGAUGAGCACACAGAAACAUCAGCAGAGCACCCAGAAGUGGGUGCUCAUUUCGAGGCAGUGGAGGGUGUGCUUUCACCCAGCACAAUUCCCCAGUUUUCAGGGAUGAUUUCCAGUAACAUUCCACAUUGUUCUGGAGGAAGAAGGUGCAAGUAAAUGUGAGAAACACCAUAUCAGAACAAGAUCAAAUAAAUUGCAGCCAUUUACACAAAGUCUGUCAUUUUCGCAGAGGCUACUUUUUAUUGUUGGUCAGAUCAGUACAAAUCUUUUAAAUGUUUGUAGCUGAAAUUGCAGAAAGGGCCCAACGUGGGUUUGAAUUGGGUUUAAACAAGCCAACCAACAAACAGAAACUAACAAAACAACAGAAGAGGUUGAACCUCUUCUGGCAGGUAGAGAAGGCAUUCACUGUUUGGCUGAAAUAAGACAGUAAUGCUCAUUGGAUUGAGGGCAAAUUAGAAAUUGAAUCUCGUAGUGCUACCAUUUUAAUUUUACAAUUGUCCUUAGGCAAAUCCUAAGAGAACACGGUGGUUGGUCGUGAGUGUUGUUCCCCAUGGAUCAGUACUGGGGCCUGUCCUGUUUCAUAUCUUUAUGGAUGACCUGGAUGAGGGGACUGAGUGCACCUUCAGUAAGUUUGCAUGUGACACCAAGCUGGGAGGAAGUGUUGAUCUGCCUGAGGGUAGGAAGGCCCUACAGAGGGGUCUGGAUAAACUGGAUCACUAGACCGAGGCCAAUUGUAUGAACUUCAAUAAGACCAAGUGCUGAGGUCUUGCUGAAGAGAAGAGGGGGCUCAGGGGAGACCUCAUCACUUUCUAUAACUCCCUGAAAGCAGGUUGUGGUGAGGUGGAGGUCGGCUUCCUCUCCCAUAUAACUAGCAAUAGGACGAGAGGAAAUAGCCUCAGUUUGCUCCAGGGGAGGUUCAGGUUGGAUAUUAGGAAAAAAAUCUUCUCCAAAAUAGUGGUCAGGUGCUGGAAUGGGCUGCGCAGGGAGAUGGUGGAGUCAGUGUCCCUGGAGGUGUUCAAGAAACACGUAGAUGUGGAACUAAGGGGCAACAGGGUUUAGCGGGCAACGCUGGCGGUAGGUGGAUGGUUGUACUGUAUGAUCCUGGAGGUCUUUUCCAACCUUGGUGAGUCUAUGAUUCUGUGACUCCCUGGUGCCUUGUGGCUUUGCAGCAGCCACAUGUUUGAGCACCCUGUGCUCAAAUGGCAGCCAGCUUUUGGAAGAUCAGCUGGUGAAUUCUUCUCCAAAGGAAGGCAAAGAAAUACAGACACUGAUAAGAUAUGAAACCAGGCAGCUCUUGGGCCAACGUUCUACCUGGACGAGAGCUGGAGCUGCAUCGUCUCUCUCCAUUGGGAUGGUGCAGCUCACGGAUCAGGAGAUUCUGUGGGCCCACAGUUUGCUCAGAAGCACCAAGGGAAUGGAUUUAACUGUUGGAUAAGUUGUAUACCUUCACGUAAGCUAAGAAAAGGGGAAAAUAAAAGUGGCGGGUACAAGUCUGGCAUAUAAUAAGGCAUACAUGCUACACAUCGGUAGGUUAUGUUCAUUCAGACUUGACAUAGACCAUAGGUCAUGCUCACAUCAAGAUGACAGCUUAAACAUUGCUUCUGCUGAAAUACAUCUAACUUUCAGCAUGCUGUGUGCUUAAAUGUGCUUUUUCUGAUGAGGACUGUGUCAGAGCCUGGGUGGGAACUCCGUAUCCUAGGAAUUAGGGAAGCAAAUCCCCCAGGAAGGCCACAUCUAGGUGAAAGGGCCAAAAGAUGUGACUUCUCUCAGUGUAACUUGUCCUUAUGUAAAAUGGAGCAGUAAUAAAACUAAGAUUUUGUCCUGCUGGGCUUUUCUUCAGACUUGAUGCCAAAGCUGAAGAUAAAAGGUAAAUUCAGACUCUCUUAUCUCACCGGAGAUAAAUCAGCAGCUCCUAAAAUGAUGGUCUGCAAUGCAUGGGAUGAAAAAAGAAAACCCAAGCAUUGAUUUUUUCCUGGAUAACAUUAAUCAUUACUUGGCAGGGUUAUACCAGAGAGCAGAGAAAGUGUGCAUCUUAUCUGGUAUCUGACAAGUGGAUGCACACUUAAAAGCCAUCAUGAUCUUCUGACACUUUGCUCGGGGGGAAACUUCAGCUCUGCAGCCAGACACCUCAUUUCAGAUGCCCCGCAGGUGUUGUGAGUGGCCUUCCAUUAUUAUUAAUGGAGAUUUAGAGCUGCUUUUCACUCCAUCAGAGGGGAAGCAGUGGGCUGCAGCACAAUGGACUUUUGUGUGUCCUCCUGCCAGCAGCUGCUUCGUGUCAGGGACCAUGGGUAUUGAACUGAAGCCCAGGGGCAUGGACUUCAUCUCAGAAUGGGCAGAUGAAACUCCCUGCCAGGAAUUAUAUCUCUUGAAGCCAUUGUCCGGAGCAGAGAGGGAUUGAACUGCAAGCCAUACCCUGCAGACUCAGGUCGUGCCCUCUUCGUGCUCACAGUUUCAUGUUCUGCUAAGCAGCCAUCAGCAAACUCACCAAUAUUCAUCCUCUUCCUCAUGGGGAAAGAACCUGCAUUUGUAGCAGCUGCUUUCCUGCUCAUGAUCAAUAAGAUCGUGCAUCUCUUGGGCAAACCAUUGCAAGACCUUCCAAUGAGCCAAUCUGACCCACCAAGCAGCCCUUCAUUAGAGUUUUCUGAUAUUACAACCCCAAAGUUAUAGCUGUGAGAUCAUGGCUGCAGAGCAGCACCUUGCAGAGCAGCCUCUGAAAGGCUGUCUUGCUUCAACAGAGAUUCAUCUGCUCUCCUUAUGGAUGUUGUCCUCAAAACCUACUCAUCUCUCCAUCUGCUCCAGAGAAUAGAAAGUUGAGAAUGACCCUAUCUAAUCCAAAUUUAAUUGUAAAAGGGGGAUUUCUUCCCAAGAAAGUUCAACAGGAUGAACUCAAAGUCCUUACCGAGGAACCAGGCAGACUAACCUAUUUAAUUCAGCACUCAAGAGCAUUCAAGGACAGCUGCUCGCCUGGGAUUAUUUAGGUAGAGAUGUAUGUGAAUCACAUAAACCACAGCAAUACUUCUGAAUUAUUCACCCACAUGAGAUAGCAGCUCUGAUCUCUCUAUGUAUUUUCAUUUCCUUUAUUGUAAAAUCUGGAAUAUUUACGUCAGGAUAAAGAUGUGCAUUUCCAGAUAACAUUUUCAGAUAACGGAAAAAGGAGCACCUAUUUCCAAUGGUGCCUGGUAGGCAGUGAUGAUGUACAGGAAAUACUGAUGGUGUUUGAGACAGUGCAUCUCACAUCGGGUUAGAAAGUCCUCAUCCAGUCUAUGUCUCAGACUUCCUUAUCUCAAACAGCUUGUCCAAAUGCUGGAGGAACACAGAGAAGUUUCCUAGGUGUGGGGAAGGAAUAAAUGUGGCCACCAUUCCCCUUGGUGGGAGUUCACAGCACCCAGCAGUUUACAGCUAGAAUGGUGAAAGAUGGGAGCUGUAAUUUCUGCCGGGAGUUACUUCUUGUGUAAGAAAUAAAGACUUUGCUGUUGUUAUUAUUAUCCUCUUCUUUAUUUAUUUAUUUUUUUCUUUUUCAAACUGCUUUUCCCAAAUGCCUCCUGCCCAGCUGAAUAAUCUCU